AUGAAUAAAAGUAGGAAAAAUAAAUUAAAUGAGAGUUCUUCACACCAAAAAAGCAGGAAUGAGAGCAAAGUGGAGUAUUUACCUGAUCCUCAUCGAAUGUUAGCUAAAUGUAAGUUUAAAGAGUUUCAUUCAUCUCUGGGUAGUUUUGGGAAGUUUGGUGAAGUUGAUCAUUAUCAAAGAAGUACUUUAUCGUUUGCUUUAUAUCUUAUGGAAGGACUUUUGCAGUCGAUAUUAUGCACAGGAAUAAUCUUGGAGAGCUUAAAUGAGUUAGAUUAUGAUAUAUAUUCAUAUCAAGAGGAGAAAAGACAAGGAACAUUAAAUUUAAGUUUUAAGGUUAUAAGCACCGAAAAAAAGGGGUUUACAUUACUUCCUUUAGAUUAUAAAGGUUUCAAUAAAUCGAAUUUUAAAAAUUCUGAAUCAAAGAAUAGUGACGAAGAGAAUUUUUUGGAAAAUGAUCCAUUAAUACCUCCAAAAGAAUAUUUGGAUAUUAUAGGGUACAAAGAACCAAUCACAAAAGCUGCCGUAUUUCAGUUUCCAUGUAAUUCUUCUCCUGAGGAUUUAAUCACGGAAAAGUGUAUAAUAGACGUGAUUAGACGUAGAAUAGAAGAUGAAGAGUGGCUUUCUCAGCUAGAGAUAGUGUGUGGGUGGCUCGGAGAACUAGCCAGGGCCAUCAGGCACCUUGUUAAGCACUUUCCAAUAACAUAUAAACGUUUUCUAGAAGAGACAGAUGGAAAAAUUUAUUCUGCAAUAAAAUAUCCAUUAUUAUAUAUGGCAUUGAUGAAACUUCUGUUUGAUGAAUAUCCAAGGAUUAUUGAGACCGAUGAAGAGCUUAACCCAAAAGAUCCAGGAGAUGCGAGAAGAUUAGUCAAUAGGGUACGAAGAAAUAAGCUACCAGGAAUGAGACUUGUUGAAAUAAUGUCCAGAAUGACUAAUUCUUUAGGAAAUACUCUAGAUUCUAUGGGAGGAAGUCCAGCAUGGAAGUGUAGCCCGGUUUUUGCUCAAUAUUAUCUUCAUAUGGCUUUUGUUUUCGAUGAUUCAUUAUUAUUCACACAAAUUGCUGCGAAAAGUCAUAUGUUUGACUAUGAGAUUUUUGAAUGGAAUUACACAUUAAACUCCUUAGCUCAACAUAUACCAUUGUUGAAUUCAUUUUUAAAACCUCUUGCUACAUCAAUUAUGGCAAACAGAGUUCACACCAGGUUAGAAUGUUAUUUAAAAGACUCUACCAAAAAGGUACAUGCAGAAGAUGGCGCCAACUCUGAAAAAAAUGCACAAUUGCCAAAACCUGUGGUAGGUAAUUCAUUGGAAGCAAGAUUUCUAACAAAUGAAGUAAUUAAGCGUGCAAAAGCAUUUUUUGGUAAUUUUGAAGGAGAUAGAUUGAUGUCAAGUGUAAAGGCAGAAUUUGAGAAUUGGCAGUACAAACCAAUAAGACCAACACAAGAACUUAAGAAAUUAGCAUCUAGAAAAAUUGAUUUAGAUAAAACACUAAAGGAAUAUAAUCGUACAGUUCUAGUGCCAGAGAGAAAUAGUAGACAUACAAAAGCCGUUAUAAAUAAUGUAUUACCCCCUCUAACUCACCUUUCCGAGAAGAAAAAGAAAUUAAUAGUUAAGAUGGCGCCAGGUCAAAAGUAUGCACAAUCUUUUUAUAAUAAUAAAGUGAGUAUACCUGCUGACAUGAUUGUAAGCCCAUAA